CAUGAUUUGCAAAUCAUUGUAUUCUGUUUUAUUUAUGUCUAACACAACGUCCCAACUUCAUUGGAAUUGGGGUUUUACAAGAGGCUAGGCGAAGUAGCAGCUAUUUCGUCGUCGUGGUAUUUCAUUAAAUUCGUGCGGGCUGUGGUUUCCGUGCAUUCAGCCGAAACUCACACGGCAAGAGCGGCUUCAUUCUUUACUAUUUUGAAGCGUAAAAAUUAUUUUUUUUUUUUUUAAAUCAUUUGUAUUUGCAAGGGUCGUUAACACAGUCAAACCCGAAGAUUUAUUUUCACUUCACAGGGACUUUAAAAAAUCAAAAUGUUUGCAUAUCAUUUUGGGCGACUAUAGCAAAAACGUUCCUCAUGUGCUCUUAUCUAUCGACCGGUUAGCAGUUUGUUCAGGGGGGUUAAAACAAAACAAAACAAAAAUCAGCAACGAACAGAUCGACGCGGUGUUUUGUCUUCUGGGUGUCGUGGGAGGAUGAGAACGACACAAGAGGAUGUAAGCGACCGGAGCAGGUGAUCACUUGACAUUUUCCAUCCAGUUUGCUCGCUUAAGCUUGUUCUUCCCAGGACCUUGACACGACGCGCAGGACUCGCGGCUGCGUUGUGUUUCAGAAACAGAAAGGUGUGACGUUUAGCAAGACAAUUGCUGUACCUGCGUGUGACGGUCCCGGCGCUGCUUUGGCAGUCCUGUUGUUGACUGCUGGACAUGUACGGGCUUUACUUGUAAAGCAAUAACGUCAAUAGUAAGGUAUUGUUCCGAACCAGUUGUGCCGGUUGGGCACCUUCUUCUUCUCCCCCCACCCGUGGAAACCGAUUGUGACCGAGAAGGACGACGACCGCGCCACUUGAGCUCUUAAAAACGGGUUCCUGUUCGCGCAGUUGUCGCAAAAUGCACCAGCAUCGGAGCAACGCACCCAUUUGAUCAAAACAACUGGGGGCGUAGAAAGGUCAAACCUGUGACCUCAUUUGAUAGACAAAUAGCACAGGCUGAGUGUGUGGACCCCACGAUCAAGAAGAAUAGCCAUGCACAGUCCAUCCCCUGAAGUAGGGUCAGGGUACCCUGACGGGUUCGCGGUAACUAAAGAUGCCACUCCCGAGACAACGCUGGGCAGUGCCUAUUCUCCGGUGGACUACAUGAGCAUCACAAGCUUCCCCAGGCUGCCAGAGGACGAAGUGACGCAGGGGGACAACGUUGUCAAAUCUCGCAAAGAUGAUGACAACGUCUUGGGCGAGCAAGAGACGGACCCAGAUGUGUUUUUGAAGUCUGCACGUCUCCAGCGUCUUCCGUCCUUGGCGUCUGACCUGGCCUACCACGACGCCGUGUCCUUGAGGGAGACCACCCGAGACCCGUUUACGCAAGAUUGUGCUUGCCAGCGGGACGGAUUGACAGUCAUCAUCACAGCCUGUCUCACCUUUGCCACGGGCGUCACUGUUGCUCUCAUCAUGCAGAUCUACUUUGGAGACCCCCAGGUCUUUCACCAAGGAGCGGUGGUGACAGAUGUGGCACGGUGUACAUCCCUUGGGUUUGAAGUUUUGGGGAAGCAGGGGUCCAGUGUUGACGCUGCCAUCGCUGCUGCCUUCUGUUUGGGCAUUGUACACCCUCAUACCUCAGGUUUAGGAGGAGGGGGAGUUAUGUUGGUGCAUGAUAUCCGGAAAAACGAGACAAAGGUCAUUGACUUCCGAGAAACAGCGCCAGCUGCCAUUCGGGAAGAGUUACUUCAAACAAACCUUGAUCUCAAUCCUGGUCUGCUUGUUGGAGUACCAGGAAUGCUCAGUGGGAUGCAUCAGGCACACCAACUUUAUGGCAAAAUAACAUGGAAGGAAGUGAUUACCAUGGCAGCAGAUGUGGCCAGAAAUGGAUUUAAUGUCACUCAUGAGUUAGCUGAAGCGCUUGCUAAUGUUAAGGACGAGAACAUUUCGGAUGCAUUUCGGGAUCUUUUCCUCCCCAAUGGUCAGGCUCCCCUCUCUGGGUUGUUGAGCAGACGACUGGAUUUGGCCAGUUUCCUGGAUGCUGUCGCAGUUAAAGGGAUAUUAGAGUUCUACAGUGGAAACCUGACACAGGAAAUUGCUUCUACGGUGCAAGCAAGUGGUGGGGUGUUAACAGAAGAUGACUUUGGUAACUACAGCACAGUCCUACAGCAACCAGAACACAUAAACUAUCAGGGACACCAUGUGAUGGUGGCUCCACCGCCUCAUGCAGGUGUUGGCCUGAUCGCAGCACUCAAUAUCCUGGAAGGUUACAACAUUACCAACCAGGUGCCCAGGAACAACACGUAUCACUGGACUGCAGAGUCUGUGAAAAUCGCUCUGGCUCUGGUGAGUGGCCUAGGGGACCCCAUGUUUGACACUUCAGUCUCAGAGAUGGUCACCAAGAUGUUGAGCAAACAACAAGCAUCCUCGCUCCGCCAAAUGAUCAACGACUUUCAGGCCUUUCCUGCCAGCCAUUACGCGCCCUCGUUUAGUUUGGAGGACGGUGCAGCAGCUGCCCAGGUCAUGGUGAUGGGCCCAGAUGACCACAUUGUCUCAGUUGUAAGCUCCCUAAAUAAACCAUUUGGCAGUCGGAUAGUGACUCCUUCUGGAAUCCUGUUGAACAGCCAAAUAAUGGCCUUUUCUUGGCCUAACAAAACCCAAAGCUUCACACCUAAUCCUCAUAACAGCCUCCAGCCUGGGAAAAGGCCCUUGUCCUUCCUGAUGCCCACUGCAGUGAGGCCAUCUAAUGGGUUUUGCGGUACAUACAUUGCGGUUGGAUCCUCCAAUGGAGCGAAAGCUCUUAGUGGCAUCACACAGGUGCUGCUGAAUGUUUUGUCCUCACGUAAAAACAUGAGUGAUAGUUUAGCAUAUGGUAGACUCCACGCACAGCUGGAGCCAGACAUCCUACUCGUGGACUCUGAAUUUCUAGAUGAAGAUGUUGAGAUGCUACAGACCAAAGGUCACAAGAUUGAGAGAACAGAUGUUUUGUCAUUGGUGGAGGGGACCCGGAGAAGUAAUGACCUUAUUAUUGGAGUGGCGGACCCCCGUAGUGCUGAUGCCUCAGCCCUCACAAUGUCCAGGACUUAGCAGUUGUCCUAAAACACUGCUGCUGAUCAAUUUGGACACUGAACAAGUUGAAUAGCUCUGGACUGUUCCCAGCGAAACCAAACUACACAGAUGUGCAGUUUGAGAUCAUUUUGCACCUGUUGCGAGACAGAUUAUUUUAAGGCAACAGUCGAAGAGACCAUUGUUGGCACACAUAUCACAGUGGAAUAUCAUCUGUUCUUCCCCACACAAUGACAUUCAUCAAUGUCUGCUACGCGGAUACUACAAAGAAAAAUGCAUGUAUCCAAUUAGAUUCAGAGUAAUACAUUUCAUCUGAAAUUCAUCUCAGACUGCAGAAAAUAAAUGUGUAAUUUUGCAGAUAUGAAAAUCUUUGCAAACAGGCUUCUUUGAAACCGCAUGAGCCUCUCUCUCUCUCUCUCUCUUAUAUAUAUAUAUAUACACACACACACACACACACACCAUUGAUGCUGUCCAAUGCUCCUCCCUGUCUUUGACUAUUCUUUUUAAAAGUAUUUGACCCCUUGAGAUGCUAAAGAAGCUAAUAAUUAAGCCAAGCGGUUCAGAAUUGUUGCACCAUCGGUUGAACACACUAAAUACAACCCUACACUUCUGCUUGUUACAGUGCUGUGUAACAUUGGUUCGUUGUUUGACUCACAGAAUUAACAGAACAUUUUAAUUCAAACAAGUUACUGUAUGUAGAUGUACACUUUUUUUUUCAGUGUAUGCGACCAGAGAUGAUGUUAUUUAUAUUUUAAAAUUAUUUCAGGUUCCAUACUUGAAGUUAGAAUCAACACCUGUUGUAAAUUUGUUUCAAGUGGUUCUAUAUUAGUGUGCACUGGUGAUCAUCUUAAAUUGUGCAAUAUGGCUUUGUUGCUUGUUAUGUUCUGGAGAGUGCCACACACUCAUUUGAACAAUAGUUCAAUGUUUUUUGUGUGAUUUUAUUUUUUAUACAGAUAAACAAUCAAUCAUUCUGAUAAUAAUAAAAUUGCAUGUGUGUAAUUUACAUAUAUUUUACAUAUAGUUAAUGAUUCUGUAGUUUUCUGUUCUGAAGAUUCUUUGUGAACAUUCCUGAAAACUUGUGUACAGUAUGUUUUGUACAUUGACACAUUACUAUUAUUUCGUUUACAUUGAUGAUUUAGCACCUUUGAAUAAUAUCCAUAUAACAAUUAAAUGCUCAUGCAAACGGCCAAA